AUGGUUGUGAAUAUGAAUGUUCCUGCCUUGAUGCUCAAAGAGGAAUGUAUUCUUGCUGGAAUCGUUGUCCUAUGCCCUCAUCAUGACAACAUUCCAUCCAACUGUCACUUAAUUACCAAAGCUGGUCAGUGUUGCAAAGAGGUAAAAUGUGAAUUCACAAUUGAUUUUGGAAGAUUUAAAGGUCAUGGAAAAGUGGUUGAUAGAGCGGAGUUCUUACAUUCAGUAUCAGAGAGUGUCAUCAAAAAGAAGGCAACCAGUCAAUGGUUCAAUGCUGCAGCUGCAGCAGUAUCGAAGGCAUCAGAUUCGAUGAUUAUGGGAAGGUUCUCAUCAAUAGAAUCAACUCCAAGUGUUCCUUCUGAAGGUGCUUGUUUGGUGGAUGGGAAAGUGUAUAAAAUUGGUGAGACAUGGAAGCAAUCAUGUUCCUUGACUUGUGUGUGUGAAGAUGGUCACCAUGGUAUAGCAAGAUGUUUUGAUAUGUGUGCAACAUUCUCAAAUCUUCCUUCAAGAUGUAGGAAGGUAAAGGUACAUGAGGAACCUUGCUGUCAAAUGCCUGUUUGCAAUACAAAUGAAUCACUUAUUCUUGUCCCAAGUAAUGGUAAAGGGAUAAUAGGCAUUGGAAAAGUAACUGAUCCAGUAAAAGAGGGCUGUGUCUAUAAGAAUAUCAUUUAUCAAGAAGGGGAAAAAUGGAUAGAUGGAUGUACAUAUUUGUGUGAGUGUACAAAUGGUAAAAGAGGAAUGUAUACCUGCAAUGAAAGGUGUGAAAGAUUCGGAUAUAUUCCAGACAGUUGCCAUCUGGUAAAUGAUCCAAAUGAUGACUGCUGUGAAAAAUUAGUAUGUAAUGCUGUCAGUGGAAGACCAAAAAUCCAGACAACUCCAGCAACUGUAGGAAAUUGUUACUACAAAGGACAGAUGUACAAACAAGGAGAAACUUGGUAUGAUGAAUGCAGUCUACGGUGUUUCUGUGAGGAUGCACAGACUGGAUAUUACCAUUGUACAGACAGAUGUUUUAGUUUCUCAAGCAUUCCUGCUGAUUGUACUUCAAAACCUGAUCCAAAUGACCCCAAAUGCUGCAAGGUUUUUGAUUGUGGGAAGAAAAACCAGAAUUAUGGCUUAAUUGGGAUUAAAGAUGGAUUUGGAAAAUCCCUGCAACCAGACAACAAAUACAAAAGUAAGAAUUUUUUUUUGAAUUCAGAAAUUUUUUUUUCAGAGAGAACCAAAAACCAAAAUCAUUUUUCAUGUAUGAUAUUAUUUCCUUUUAAAAGAUUGUGA